AUGGCUGGGUCAGACAAAUUUACAAACCCUGAAAGUAGGUUAGGCGGUUCUCUCUCUACAUGGGAUGAGGGCCGUCAAAUCAAAAUGUACCCUUCCUUUGCGGGCCUCGAAGUAAAUAUUUUAAGUGCCCCUCCUUUUUGUCCUGAACUUACUGUAACCGAGCUCUUGCUUUAUAAUAAAUGAAGUAAAGACUAGCCUAACCUUUUGGUUUAGUUGAUUUAAAUCUGUCACUUUACUGACUCACUGUGAUUCAAAUUAGAUACAGCUGAUGAUCUUGUAGGUCUUGUAGAUCUCAAAGUGUCUCCCACCAGUAUGAGAAAGACAGCGGAGGUAAGUAGUAUACAAAAUAGCGGUUCCAAGUCGGGUGGAUCAGGUUGGACCGCGUGGAUCCACCGUUGGAUUGACAUCAUCGAUAAAAAUAGGUCAAUACUUAAUGGAACCUGGGUUAUGACUUUAUAAUUGAAAAUAAUAGGUUGUAUUACCUUGCCCGGUCUUGCCCAAACCGUAAGUAAUUCGCCAGUUUUAUAACAUUACGCGCCAGCCUAAACUGCAAGUUGUCAACAACUUUUUUUUUCAAAUUCUGAGGUCUAAAAUCAACCAUGUAGUGCCACGUAGAAGCCUACAUAUCAACUUUGCAUCAGCCUUUCAUUCUUUCCGCAUUUUCUCUAAAAAAGCUUGCUGCUUUCAAUAUGAAAAAGAUAAGUUGUACCUCAAUCGUUCCAUUUUCGUUUCUUAACCUGUCUCAAGUGCUCAUGCAUGAUUUCCGUUACAACUAGAUCGUCUCAAAGUACGGAUCGCGGUCGAAAUUGUUGUUUACCAACACCGACAGCCUUUGUUAUGAUGUGAAGACCGAUGAUUUGUAUCGCGAUUUCCUACAAGACCUGGAAUACUUUGACACGUCAGAAUACCCGCGAGAAAAUUUCCUGCAUAGUGAAAGAAACAAAAAAGUGCUGGAAAAA